AUGGAUCCCGAAAAUCCAGUCGAUUCAGAGUCUAGCUCCAACCUGCUCUUCAUCAAUUCUACCGAAUCCGCGCGCGGUAAGCCGCGGGAUGCCCAGACCAAGCGCCAAAUCCGGCAACAUGUCAUGCGAGAUAUUGGCAAGGCUCGUCGGAAGCCGCCUCGGAACCCCCAGGUGAAGCUGCGUCCUCUUCCUCCCCCGGGUCGUCCAUUCUGGGACCAGCACCCCCUAGCCGUCUUAGAAGUAUCCUGGGGUAUGGAUGCCUUUGCAGCAUACGGCCUGGCUUUGGCAGUCUCUUGGGAUAAAUCAUUGAGGGACUCUUGUAAAUCCCACUUCUGGUUCCCUUUUGCCUUUAAGAAUUCCAGCUUUUGCCACAAACUUCUCACAGCUCCCGAAGUCCGCGAUGCUGUUCGCUCUCAGACGAUGGAAAGGAGCAUCAAUUUUGCCCUGGCCCGCUCCAUGGAGAUCAUCUCCUGCAUUGAGAGGACGCUGAGGAACCCUGACAUCAAGUUGGCCCUAGCCAAUAAUGUUAUCCGAGGUGUCAUGGGCUGCAUCUGCUACAACUACAUUGUUGCAGACUUGGAUCAGGCUCGCGUUCAUCUGAAUGGAUUGAAGCUCAUGAUUGCCAAUAGAGGCGGAAUUGAGAGUCUCUCCGAUGACUAUGACUUAGUCCUGAUGAUCUUCUGGAUCGACACAAUCGCUUCUUUGCUCUUUGAACAAAGACCCCGGUUUCCAAUGCCAUCAAGGCUAUUAAUCCCCCCAAUCACACACCACGAUUCCCCCGAAAUCCUCACCAACCUACCAUUCCAUCUCAGCACCUUGUGUCCCAACCUAAAUGCUCACCAACUAUGCGUCGUCUCCGCCCUACGAGAUAUAGGAAGCCUCGCUGAAACAGUUCAAUCGAAGUUGGCCACCUGGGGAGAAGAUCUGUGGAAACAAGAAAUUUUCCUCGGCACACGACUCAAUCCAAUCGCAUAUCGCCUCCUUGACGCGCCACCAAACCCUCAUCCAGACACGCCAUGCAUGUUCAUAGAGGCUCUUCGUCUGGGUGCGCUUCUCUGGAUCUUACGAGUCAAACACAUGGCCCAGGCCUAUCCAGGAACGCCCGGCAAGUAUGUCACCAGGCUGCUGCGUCUCCUGCAAGGCCGCAGCAUCAAGGGUCUCGUCUCAGCAUCAAACUAUUUUAUCCCCUUUCAGCUCUGGCUUCUGUUACUCUGUGCAUCCAUGGCAGAAGUCGCCCAUGAAAGAGCUGAUGCUCUAGAGAUGGUUGCUCGAACAAUGAACGAGUAUGGAUGGGGAUGGGAGGAAGUCAUGGCGAAUGUAAACCAGCUUCCGCGGAUAACUGGAUUUGAAGCUGAUGCCCCGUCCCUUGCUGCUGAAGUUCAGCUGCUGCGAAACCUAAUAUGA